ACAAGUGCCAAAUAGACAUGCUGGGACUGAUCAUUUUCUGCUCAAUUCUCAAAGAAACCAGUGGACAGAAAAUUAUCCACGUGUUCAGUAGUGAUGCUGAGAAUGCUAUUCUGCCCUGUUAUGAUGCUGCUGCGGACUGCACAUCAACCACAUGGGGAUAUUAUAGCAAUAGAGGAUCACCAGGAAUUGAACUGUUUAAUAAUGGAAAGAUACACGACAGAAAGAAACAUAACAGACUGAGUCUGGGCUCUGACUGCUCUCUGAACAUCUAUAAAACCACAACUGAAGAUCUUGGAAUUUAUACCUGUUGGCUUGGGGUUGAAGAGACACAAACAACUGAUGGCAAUGUUUAUCUUCAUGUUCUUCAGGUCUCUCCACCAUCUUCACAGACACAGAUUAGACCAGGCAGCUCUGUCACUCUCUCUUGUCAGUUAUAUUUCUACUAUGAACAUUCUUGUGAAACUUUGCUCAGUAGUGAGGGACUUCAGCUCGUCUGGGUGAAUGAGUUUGGUGUGAAUCUGCAAACAGACUCCAGAUUUCAGAUCUCAUCCUCUUUAAAACACUGUAACAUCAGUCUGACUACAACACUCCUGAAUGAAGACGUCAACACAGAAUGGAGAUGCCAGAUUACUGAAGGAUCUGAAGUAAAGACCUCGGUCAGCUAUACUGUCUCAUACCUGGCCUCUACUCCAGCACCUGUAAAUACAACACAAGUGAUUUCUGCUGUAACUGCUGCUGUUGCUGCUCUAUUUGUCCUUAUUGUUCUUGGGUUGAUCUUUAAAUAUCGAGCAGGUAGGAAGGCAGAUCAUGCAGUGGUGAUCAGCAAUUUCACACCAGUGACCCCAGCUGCUGCUGAUAUCAAUGGGAAGAUGACGUGUGGGCAGAUGACUGAGGAUGUGGCUUAUGCUGAGGUCAUUACUUCCAGUAAUUUGUUUAAAGAAAUACGCAAUGUUCAGUCUGAUGAUAAAGUCACAUAUGUUGCCAUCAGAGGAGGUUUGACGCCAAGCUGA